CCAGAGCGACGCGCUCAUCACUAUUGCAUAAACAAUAUCAAAUAACACAAAAAAACCAUACACACGCAUCACCGGGCGAUAACGAUACUAUCACACUCGAAAUGUCUACUUCUCUUUCCUCGCGGGUCAGCAGCGGUGGCAUUCAGAAACGGAGCAGCGGUGGUGGCCGUGCUCGUGUUGACCGGGACGGCGAUCUUGACAUGGACGCCGCCGGAGGCGCUCGAGGAGGAGCUGGAGGUGGCAGGGGUGGUCGUGGCUCGAGACGCGGAGGUCGUUCGGUUAACAUCAACGACGCUCCUAGAGGCCCAGCUGCCGAUCGAGAUCGCGCGGGAAGCGGAAGCGGGAGUGGUGCGGGCAGAGGAGGUCGGGGCUCGAGGAAUCCUGUCGGAACGAGAAACAGAGGCGGUCCUGGUGCGAGCGGUUCGAGGAGGGGCGGUCAGCAGUCUCGUACUGGACCCCUGAUGGGUGUGCGGGUGGAAGGAUGGAAGCAAAGCAAGGGAAGCGCUGAAGAAUGCGUUCGAUUUCUUGAGAGAAAGACGAACAUGAGGUUCAGAAAGACCCAGAAGCAGGGAGAGUUCCUGAUCAUCUAUGUACCCGCAUCGGACUUGCAGUCCGUACUCGACUGGGACAAGGCCAAGUUUGCUGGAGUGAACAUUAAGAUCACGGCUGAUGUGAUGAACGACAUGUUCAACACUGCCAUGGAGGAUGCCACGCCACAGAGCAGUAGCACGGUCGAAACCAUCAAGAUUCUUGAGGAGGUUCUUCGCAAUAGGUACAACCCGGAGAUGAAGUUGCUGGAUCUUUCGAAGCUCGCCGAAGAUCCUCUCCUCCAGCAGAACGGGUUCUUUCAGCUCAACAGUACGACGAGCAAGAUGUUCCCAGCUCUCAUGGCCGUGGCCGAGAAGAAGUUCGACUCCCCGCAGCAAAAACGCGACCUCGUCCACUCGGUUUCUUUGGCGCACAACGCGCUCAAGCUCAUCAGUCCCGUCACCACUCUCAGCAUCACGUUCCCGGAUCUGAAGAACUUGAGCAUGGAAGGCAACGACAUUGAGGACCUGAAGUCCUUGGAUGGGUGGAGGACCCGAUUCAGACACUUGCAACAGUUGAUAUUUACCGGAAAUCCUGUUGCCAGCCUGCCAAACUACAGAGAGGAAAUGAUCCGUCGUUAUCCAAAGCUUGUCAUGCUUGACAACAUCGCCGUCGAACGACCUGCCGACGGUUCGGACGAGUCCUUACCGAUGCCAGUAAAGGAAAACCUCAUGUUCGAUGAGCAUGGGAUUGUGAUGCCUUUCCUGUCCGAUUUUUACACGCAGAUCGACAACAACAAGGAUGGAAUCCUUGCGAAGUUUUACACCGCAGAUUCGCAGUUUUCGAUUUCGGUCAACACCUCGGCUCCUCGGGUCCAGGAGAUUGCGGACGUCGCCCAGCAUUGGCCUGCCUACCUUCCCAAGUCGCGCAACUUGAGGCGGAUCACUAAGGCCUCGGCCGUCGAGGACCGUAUCUACAAAGGUCCUGACCAGAUUCGGGAGUGUUGGACUGGCCUCCCAGCCACCCAGCACGUGCUCAAUAACGUGGCUGCAUGGUGCUUUGACGCAUUUCCCACGGAAAUAUCCCCCGGUGUCCUUGGAAUGCUCGUGACGGCCCACGGCGAAUUUGACGAGUUGAAUCCGGGAGCUGGAGAACCCGUCAAGCGCAGCUUCGACAGAACGUUUUUACUCUGGAUCGACGGAUCCGGCGCUGUUAAGGUCGUCAACGACAUGAUGACGGUCAGAGCGUAUGGAGGCGCCGAGGCUUGGAAGGUGGUCCCGGAUGCUCCGCCUGCUGUUGUUCCCGUGGCAGCGGCGGCGGCCAUCCAGCCACCUGUCCAGGCCGUCCCCAUCGCCCAGCCCGUCUCCACCGCCCAGCCCGUCUCCACCGCCCAGCCCGUCCCCAGCGCCCCGACCGAGGAUGAGAAACGGCAGAAAUGCCAGAUGCUGGCCGAGAAGACAGGGCUAACCCUCGAGUACGCCGAGAUGUGUCUUGCCGACACCAACUGGGACUUGGCCAACGGGUGGAACGCUUACAUGUGGGCGAAGGAGAACGGCAAGCUUGGGCCAGAGGCCUUUACCACUGCUUAGGCUCGACCGACGGGCAAGAAAGCAUUUUUUUCCGGGGGGUUUUCUUUUUUUUUUUCCCU